CUUGUCCAAAGAAUAUUUUCCAUGGCAGCCGUUUGUUGUUAUCAUUUAUAAUUUAUUUUUAAACGAAAAAAAUAUAUAUUUUGCAAUUUAAAUUAUUAGAACAAGAUGUCUGUUGAAAAAAAGAAAAGUAGUGAGAAUGGACAUCUAGAACAAGAACAUGACGACAUAAAAGAUCAAUUGAAAAGUUCAUCUCAAUUAGAUUUGGAUGAUAAUAAAGGACCAAUCGCUUAUCGAAUGCGACCAUCGCUAGAAGACAUCUUCAAAGCUAAAACUAUUAAAGAAAUAAUACAAAGAGUAUUAACAAAAACUCUGCAAGGAAAAAAAUACAAUGUAGAAGACGCACGCAAGUGGACACAAGAAAUUGCUGAUACCAUUAGCGCUUCGGUUAAGGAUUUGAAUAUGCCACGGUACAAGCAUGUGGUUCAAAUAAGUUUGGGACAACAGCUUGGAGCUGGAUGUAGAUAUAUAGCUAAAUGUAGUUGGGACGCAGAAUGCGAUAGUUACACCUCGGAUAUAUUUUCAAAUGCUACUCUAUUUUGUGUCUGUACUGUUUUUGGAAUAUAUGUUUAUUAGUUAUAGGAACUUUUAUUUGUAAAUCUUUGAUACAUUUCGUAAUAAAUCUAAUUAAGUUGUUUUCUUUAAUUUAA